AGGUGUGUUAAACCGUAAUCAGCUGACAUGGUGAGACUAAAAUCCCACGUUGACUAAAUCUUCAUGACAGCCUCGCGAACAAGUUAGCCCAUAAGUUGAUUGCUGAAUGAUCUCGAAAACUAAAUAUGGUCUGUUCGGUGUUGAUGUGCAAAAACAGGAGUUGUGCUUGGCGCAAACAGGGUGUUUUUUUCUACAAGUUUCCUCUUCGCGAUUCCCGACUGUUAAAAGCUUGGCUGCGCAAUAUCUCUCGGCCAGGUGAUUGGUUGCCAUCGGCGCAAUCUCGAAUUUGUAGCGACCAUUUUGGUCCUGAAUGCCUUCAAAAAGUGGGCGCUCGUCUUGAGCUCAAACCCAACUCAUUACCAACGCUACACUUGAGUUUUCGAGCCAAAGAUGCACCGCCUAUUGUGUCAACCGCAGAAAUGGUGUCCGAAGCGGAAGACGAUGAUAUGGAUUCAUUAAAGGCAGACCACUCGUAUUCAUCGGGUGACCAAGAACCACCGCCCCCAUCAGUCGAAGUUGCAAUGAAAGAGCACUCGUAUUUUACCGGAGUCGCGCCGACUACUGCGCCGCCGCCUUCAGGCGUAACACCUCUUCCAGAACCUCAGGAAGCAUCAGAAGAUCACACUUACCAUAGUAACCUACCCGGAAAGCUCUCACUUGAUGAUCAUACGUAUAAUAGAGGAGAGCAAGCCCUAACGCUUAAGGCUGAUGUACUCUUAACUGCAACGAAUAUAGCAAUGGCGUCCGCGACGACAGACAUACAGAAUAUCAAAGGCGAGUCCGGAGCGGAAGAUGCUGCAGAAACUGGAGACGGACUGAGGAAUUUUGACCACACGUAUAAUCAUCGAAAGAACGAAACAAACGGUACCUGCGGGUCAGAUUGCGAUUCAAGCGCUACCGUAAUGCUAAACGUUUCACCGAAUAAAGGGGCGCAAAAACGACCACAUCCCGUUGAGUCCCCAUCAUGGAAAGAACUAGUCGAAGAGAAUUAUGCCUUGAAACAGAAAUUGGCCACAAGCGAACAAAAGUCAUUCGAACUGAGUAAAAAGCUGGGUGAUGCAACAGACAGAAUACGGAAACUGGAAGAUCACGUAGCCAGACUCAAGAAGACCCUUGCCGAGGUUGUCAUGGAGAGCGUUGAGGGCCAUCUUGAUCACGGCAAACGAGCCAGCAAGUGUAUAGGGUGACAAACCGUACAAGUUGAAAAACACGAAAGGUUAGACUGCUCAACUGGACGAAUCUUGAGCUGCACAGUAAAUGGUGUAUAAAUAUUAAAUGCUUCGACUCAUGGAGAAGAUAAUUCAUUGUAAAGAAGACGGGAAGAUGGGUGCAUAAGCCCCCCUUUGUAGACAAAAAACAAAUCAACUAGGUACGCUUCUAUCAAGUAAAUAGUAAAUA